AUGGCCCGCGGACCGGCUAUAAAAGCCAAAAUUUCCCCUCCGCGACUCGGUGGUAAAGACAAAGUUGGCCUGUAUUCGACACGGACCCCCCAUCGACCGAAUAACAUUGGGCUGUCCCUGGUGCGGUUAGAGAAAGUGGAAGGCCGCAAUGUGUACUUCUUGGGUGCAGAUUUGAUCGAUAUGACGCCCAUUCUGGAUUUGAAACCAUAUAUACCUUACGCUGAUAUUGCAGAUGGCGAUGUCAAAUUCCCCGACUGGAUCAUGAAUCCACCGGCCGCACCUUUCGCAACUGUAACCGUAUCAGACGAGGCCACAGCCCGAUUGGAGGACUACGUGCUAAAGCGGUUAAAGCUAUACAAAGGUGAUAGCUGCGCAACCGUUCUCCAGCUCAUUAAGGAUGUUCUAAUCCAUGACAUACGGUCAGGGCACCAGAAGGGUGCAGCGAAGGAUACGACAUAUGAACUGUACUUGGACAACAUGAAAAUCGAAUGGGUGGCACACGGAGACGUUGCCAGCGUCGAGUCUAUUCACAUCGCAUCGACCAAUGAUAUUGAAAAGAACCCUAAGUAA